UGCUCUUGAUUCUUCCUUUUUACACGAGUGGAGCCAAAAGAUGGCGGAGCAGUCGUCGGUGCCCAGCGAUCUUUACAAGCAUGUUUACUCUUUUCUCCUGGAGAAUAAAUUCUCCAAGGCAGCUCAGGAGUUCCUGAAGAAGACGAAAGUGAAACCUCAGGACCCUCAAGAAGCUGGUCUGUUGGACAUUUUUAACUUUUGGGUGAAGUCUCCAGAGACCAAAAAGAGGAAAUUGGCACCCAAUGGCCCAGCUGCCAAGAAGGCAAAGGAGGCAGAGAGCUCAAGCAGUGAGGACUCAUCCAGUGAAGAGGAGGCAGAUGCUACCAAGAAGACGCCUGCAGUGAAAAAGUCUCCAGCCGCAGUACCUGCAAAGAAACCGGCAGCAGCAAAGAAGGCAAAGUCCAGCAGCAGCGAAGACUCCAGCGACUCGGAGUCCGAGGAAGAGGAAAAGACAAAGAAGGCAACCCCAGCCAAGCCCCCUGUGAAGACCCCCUCAAAGAGCCCCCAGGCCGCAGGCAGAAAGAAAGACACCAGCUCCAGCAGUGAGGAGUCGGACUCAGAAGAGGAAGGGGUCACCAAGCCCCCUGCAAAAGCUGAGGUCAAGGUCGUCGCCUCCAGGAAGGGGCAGGAGAGCAGCGGCGACAGUUCCAGUGACUCCGAGGAGGAGAAACCAGCCAAGAAGCCCGCCAAGCCUCCUGCAAAGGCCCCAGCUGUAAAGACCACUGCCCCAGCCAAGCGGGGUGAUGCCAAGUCCAGCAGCGAGGAGGACUCUUCCUCUGGGGAUGAGAAGGGUGCUCCCCCAAGCAAGAAACCCAAACCUGGGCUAUACAGUGCCGUCCCUCCCCCUUCCACCAAAGGGCAGAAGUCAUCUGCUCCAGUAGGGGGUGCCAAGGCCCAGAGCAGUGACUCGUCAGACAGCAGUGAGGACAGUAGUGAUGAGGAGGCGAAGAUUAAGAAACCUGCAGCUAAAACACCCCCUGUGAAGUCUGCAUCCUCCACACCUAAAGCAGCAGCCAGCAAGAAGGCAGAGUCCAGCUCAGACAGCUCAGAUUCCAGCUCAGAAGAGGAGAAAGCUGCACAGAAGAAGCCUGUUGCUAAGGUGACGCCAGCAAAGCCUGCAUCUGUAAAGACACCUCCAGCCAAGAAGGACUCCUCCUCUGACAGCUCAGACUCUGAGAGCUCUGAGGAUGAGGCCUCGGCAAAACCAGCUGCAAAACCUGUUCCUAAGUCCACAACCCCCAGCGCUAAAUCCCCAGCUGUAGCUACAAAGAAGGCGGAUAGCAGCAGCUCAGAUUCAGACAGUGACUCGGAGGAUGAGAAGUCAAAAAAAACAGCCACCAGCAAACCUGCUGCCUCCAAAAGAGGGUCUAAACCAUCCACACCAGCUGGGAAGGCAGUCCCAGCUGCUGGAAAGGCGGCCGCACCUGCUGAGAGUAGCUCAGGCUCCGAUAGCUCUUCUGAAGAAGAAGAAACCCAGGCGAAGAAGGUCAAGUCAGCACCAGUGAAAACUCCUGCAGCCACCAAGAAGGCUGAGUCCAGCAGCAGCUCCUCUGACAGUUCCAGUGAGGAGGAGGAGGCACCAAAGAAGAAGGCAGCUCCCCAAACUCCUGGUACUGCUAGUAAACUCACACCUGCAAAGACGGUUCCAGCCAAAGGCACACCUACCGGGGCAAAAAAGAAGCAGGAGAGCAGCAGCUCCUCUGACAGCUCUAGUGAGGAAGAGGAAGAAGCCACUAAGAAGGCAGCUCCUCAAACUCCUGGUGCCACAAAGAAAGUCACACCUGCAAAGACUGUUCCAGCCAAAGGCACACCUGCCGGGGCUAAAAAGAAACAGGAGAGCAGCAGCUCCUCUGACAGCUCUAGCGAGGAAGAGGAAGAGGCUACAAAGAAGAAGGCAGCUCCCCAAACUCCUAGUGCUGCAAAGAAAGUCACACCUGCAAAGACUGUUCCAGCCAAAGGCACACCUGCCGGGGCUAAAAAGAAGCAGGAGAGCAGCAGCUCGGAUACAUCUGACAGCUCUGACUCAGAGGCUGAGAAAGCGAAGGCUUGCACCAAGCCUGCGCAGCCCAAUGGGAAACCUGCAGUCCCCAAGACAACAGGCAUGGUGAAAACACCAACUUCUGCCAAGAAAACAGCAGAUUCCUCCUCCAGCGAGAGCAGCUCGGACUCUGAGCCUGAAGGACAGAAGAAGACGGGAAAACCAGCAGCUUCUGUGGUUAACUCCACAGCCACCAAGAAAGCCCAAACGACUCCCAAGGUGGCCAAAAAGAAAGCAGAGAGCAGCUCAUCAGGUGACAGCUCUUCAUCGGAGGAGGAGAAAGCAGAGCCAGCCGCUAAUGGCACUGCAGCAAAGAGGAAGAGAGAUGAAGAGUCUUCAUCCGAGAGCAAACAUGAGGAGGAGAGUAAAACUCCAAAGGCCAACAAACUUACAGCAUCGACACCACACUCUUUUCCCAAGGCCAAGCAGAAGACAACCAAUGCUCCUUUCCGUAGAGUAAGAGACGAAGAGAUUGAAGUUGAUCCUCGACUCUCCAACAACUCAUUUGACGCAAAGGCGGGCGCCCAGGGGGACUGGGGACAGAAGGCUAACCAAGUGCUGAAGUACACCAAGGGCAAAUCAUUCCGCCACGAGAAGACCAAGAAGAAACGUGGCAGCUACCGUGGCGGCAUCAUCUCCACAAACAUCAACUCCAUCAAAUUCGAAAGCGACUGAGUGCCCAGUCAUCCACCUUGUCCCUCUCUCUCUUCAUUGCUUCUUCUUUUAGAGGAAAUGGACUCUUCCUCUCCUGAUAAAGACCCGCAGGGCAGUCCACGUUGUCCUAUACUGACCUAUCACUUUUGCAGGCCAGCUCCGCUAGGACUGCCUUGGCUAAGAGAAACAUGAAGCUGGUUCAUGUCAGUCUAGUGAUUAUUUCAUAUCUUUUGGUACAUUCAUACAAAGGAUCAUCUUUUAAAACUGCAGAAUAUUGCUUAGUGAGUUGAGAGGUGGGAUCUUGGCCCUGGAGACCAGAGCAGGACACUGAAGGCAACUGGGAGAGUCCUGUGUUCUGUGAGAUCCCUCUGCAUUAUCACUGCAGCUGUCAUCUCCCCUUGAGUCUCAGCAUGAUGCAGUAACAAUCAACAUCCAACAGGUGGCCAUGAAAUAUUCUCUUAAGAUAAAAUUUACAACUGUGAAGUCUGAGUGAAUUGCUUGUUUUUCAUUUUCUAACAGUUGCUUACAGUUUGUAAAAUUGUUUUGUUGUUUUUUAUUUUAAUUCAGGAGCUUGUGAUUAUAAUUAUUAGUAUGCACAUAUAUAAAUACAUCUUAAGAUCACAUCAGAUUUGUAUGCAGGUGAAAUCCUGUGCUUUUGGCACUUCAGAAUUCCCAGCACAGUUUUGAAUGAGUUCAUAGAGUUCUGGCAAACUUUAUGAAAUCCUGGAUGCUGGUUUUGCACCAGGAAGUCAAUGCAAGUUCUUGCUGUUUUAACCCCUUGUGAAAAUUAAAAAAGACUCCUUUCGUAGAGCAGUAAGGGUGAUCUCAGGUUUUAUUGGUCACAGGAAAUUUUAUAAAUGUGGUAAAGUUGCCACCUGAUCAUUACCUUACUUAAAGUACAUUUGGAAAGAUAUUCAGCACAUUGCUGUUCAAGGGAGGGUGAUAAUGUCAGACCUUUGCUAAAUGAUAUUCUGCAGUCUGUAAUUGUUAGAAACACACUAAGACAGGUCUUAAUCUGAAUUCCCGGAUGUCCUAGUAGUGUCUUCUGGGUUUUACUUUUAGUGAAGUAAAUGUUUGGAGCUAUCAACUGGAGAAGAUCUUAAACAAAUCCUAUAUUUGGCUAGGAAAACAAGAUUGUUUGAUCACUGAGUGGAGCAAAAUAAAAAAUUUGCCAAGUUUCGAGGGCUACUGAUUUCCGGUUUUGUCAUCUUGCUUUAUGGAUUGUCUCCACUGCAUGAAGACCAAAAAAUGACCAUAAUUGUGACAAAUAAUUAGAUUGAAGUAUUUAAGUUAUGUGGAAACAAAAACCUAGAGACAUUUUGGCCUUAUAGGCCUAUACCUAAGCCAUCCAGGAAUAGACUUUGAAACCCAAGGUGUGAGAGUUUAUGCUGCAGACUGUUAACAGCUGGUGUAGAUUGGGUCUUCCAAAAAGAAAGCAGAGGUUAAAAAGACAUGUUACAGCUCCACGGAUGAACAGUAGGGGGCCUCGUGGCCUGACCAUGAUGCACAAGACUUCUGGUUUUUAUUUGCAUUAAACUAAUUGAUUGGCUUCUAAAAAUGUACCUAAUGUAAAAGCGACCAGCCAAAUCUGCUGCUCUACAGCACUGAGGGGUUGAAGGCAGUUUUACUCUUUUCCCAUGUUUGAUGUUUCUUAUUUGAAAGUUUCCAGUUGCAGUGUACAGAUUUCUUCAGGAUUGUAACACUGUUCUGUCCGGGAUUCUGUUUGCCACUGAUGUGAUAUUAACAACUUUAUAAUUUUAUUGAAUAAUGUCAGGUUAUUUUUCUAAGAAGGCACAAAAAAACUAGUUACUGUAAUUAAAAGACCUGACUGUUUAAAUGUGCUUCUUUGUUUUCUCAUUAAUCCUCCCUCAGUUUAUUAAAAUGAGUAUGUGCUUUCUGACUU